AUGUGGCCGCUCCGUCUCGUGUGCGGGUCACGUGCUCGAGCUACGCUGGAGAGCAGACUGGUAACCCUCUUCAUCCCUCCUCUCUUCAACUCCCUUCUCUUCAUCCCUCCUCUCUUCAACUCCCUUCACUUCAUCCCUCCUCUCUUCAACUCCCUUCUCUUCAUCCCUCCUCUCUUCAACUCCCUUCUCUUCAUCCCUCCUCUCUUCAACUCCCUUCUCUUCAUCCCUCCUCUCUUCAACUCCCUUCUCUUCAUCCCUCCUCUCUUCAACUCCCUUCUCUUCAUCCCUCCUCUCUUCAACUCCCUUCUCUUCAUCCCUCCUCUCUUCAACUCCCUUCUCUUCAUCCCUCCUCUCUUCAAAUCCCUUCUCUUCAUCCCUCCUCUCUUCAACUCCCUUCUCUUCAUCCCUCCUCUCUUCAACUCCCUUCUCUUCAUCCCUCCUCUCUUCAACUCCCUUCUCUUCAUCCCUCCUCUCUUCAACUCCCUUCUCUUCAUCCCUCCUCUCUUCAACUCCCUUCUCUUCAUCCCUCCUCUCUUCAACUCCCAUCGCUCCGUCUGGUGUGCAAGUCACGUGCCCGAGGGGGAGUUGCAGGAGACGGAAGGCGGCCGCCUGGUGAUUCGCUGUGACUGCCACGCCUCUCAGAUGUCUCUCACUCGCUUCACACAGCACGCAGGAAGAGAGGACCGCAACCCUGGAACGACGAUAUUUGUGGAAGGCAAGACACUUGCGCAGUGGCGCAAGGAGAGACGCAGCAGCCUCGCUCCCCCCUGCACCCCUCCCCAUGCUGCCGCUGCCGCCGCUGCUUCUGCUGCAGCUGCUUCGGCUGCUGCCGCUUCGGCUGCUGCCGCUGCUGCUGCUGUUGCUGCCUGCCCUCCAUCUCAUCCUCCCCUCUCCCCUCUUGGCUUUCCUGCUCCUCCUGCUCCUCCCCCCCCUCCUGCAUCUGCUGCGUUUGCCACUGCUUCUGCUGCCGCUGCUGCUCCUCCCACUCACCCACCACCCCUGGCAGCAUAUUUUCCAGCCCCGCCCCACUGCCCACCUCCUUCAUUCCCCCCGCCACCUCACCCUUUCCCUGAGCCAACCCUCAAGUCGCCUCAAAACUUCCCCACUCCACUGCACAUGCCACCUCCCUCUCCUUUCCCUCCGCCUCACCCUUUCUCUCCCUCCCAGCUUUCUCCUUGUUCCUCGCAUCAUCUUACACCCUCCUGUCCCCCUCACCACACAGACCACUACCUCCAAUCGCCCGACAUAAAACCGGGCUCUGAGAGUGCUGAGGCAGCACUUGGAUGA